AUGUCGAUCAUCAAAGAUAAACUCGCUAAUCGUAUGUCAUGGAUCAUAUUUAUUUUCCUUGCUAUUCACACGGCUCAGGUUCUUUCGGGUUUCACUGAUGUUCCACCUCCACCUCCACGACCAGAGCGUUUUCAUUCUCGUGAAGAACUUAAACGUUAUUUACAACUCGUACAUGAGUAUUAUGCUAUUAUUGGUCGACCACGUUUUGGUCGUUCUAUUCAAAAAUUAAAAAUAAAUCCAAAAUGGCGACAAAUCAAUAUCAUACGAGGAAUUUUAUGGCCGACUUGGAGCAUAAAAACAAUAGUAUGA